AUGUUCUGGCUCGACGAGGAAGAGGAGCAGGGUUCAGCGGCGCAGCAGGGCUCGAAGCGCGGCAGGGAGGACGAGGGCGCGGACGGACCUUGCAGGAAUCGCUCGAAGCAGCAGCAGGAGGUCGUGCGCAUCGAGACGGGUCGCUCAACCCGCGAGAACGGCGUGACACAGUCAGAAGCGGCGACGUGCUCUGCUGUCGCAACAGACGCCCCGCCGAAAACGCCCCGAGCCCGAACCAAGUCGUCGUCUUCGCCCGUCGCCGAGCGUCACAAGCGCAUCGGACACUUCUUCGACUUGCCGGCCGAAGAGACAGCCGAGACGGCGCCGAGCAGAUCAUCCGACUCGCAAAGUCGCCAGGCGGAGACAGCGCAGACGACUCCAACCCGCCCGUCGACUCCGGCGAAGUCUCGCUCCCGCGGUCCGCGACAAGCCCAAACCCGCACGGCCAGCUUAUCCAAAAAUUUCAAUGAAGACUUGCCCGACGUCCUCUCGCGGUCGGCCGUCUUCCCUCCUGUCGCCGGUCUCUUCUUCAACCACUAUCAGCCCUACCUCGUCGACGAGCCAGUCGAAGCCGAUUUUUCCUCUCUGCUGUCCGACGAGUUCGUCCGCUUCGCAUGCGCUGUCGCACCGCCGGAGAAAUGGAGCGCCAAGCCAGAUCGCCUGCAGGACAACGAGCUUGCUGUACCCGGACUUGGACGCUUCAUCGGCAUGUGGCAGCCCAACAAGGCGGCCAUCGUCGCUGCAGCUCCUUUGCACCGUUCUCGCGCUUACAGGAGCAUCACUUCCGACUUGUUGCCCAAGUUCGAAGCGAUGACGGUGGUCAUGCAGUGGAUCUGGGAGAACGAGGAGAUUGGCUUGCCCGAAGUUGCGGGGAUGGUACAGACCGCUCCUCUUCCCGUCUACAUCCUCAUCCGUACCUACGCAUCCAACUCCCGCUACACUCGCAUCCGCAACCUGGCCUUCACCGACCUCCACACGUACCUGCGCAACCUCCGCUCCCGCUCCUUCGUCGACUCCGCGGCCCUCGACCUACUUACCUGGCUCGACGAACCCUCCUCUCGCUCUGCGCGCCUCGAGAGGAUGUGGCGGUUCUUUUGCGGACGGGAUGGGCAGCGAAAGAGCGCGAGAGGGUGGGAGGAGUGGCUUGAAGGCGCGAAGAAGGGGAAGAGGAGGAAGAGGGAGGAUUUGGAGCGGUGGGAAAGGGAGGAACAGGAAGGGAUGUGA